AUGGCGGACAAGUCGAAGGGAAAGUUGAGCGCUGAAAUGCCUGUGCAAAUCCAAGCACAGAGCCCGGCCUAUGAUAUCGACUAUGAGAAGCAUGGCGCCCAGCGCGAGGCAAACCCGUUGCCGGAUCUCAAGCGGAAGCUGAAGAGCAGGCAUCUACAGAUGAUUGCAAUCGGCGGCACAAUAGGUACCGGUUUAUUCAUUGGUAGCGGCACCGCCAUUGCUCACGCAGGCCCCGUGGGCGCUCUCAUCGCUUAUAUCUUCGUCGGAACGAUUGUGUACUCGGUCAUGACCGCCCUCGGAGAGAUCGCAACAUAUAUCCCGAUUCCCGGUGCCUUUACCUCAUACGCUGCUCGCCUGAUUGACCCGAGUCUGGGCUUUGCUAUGGGCUGGAUCUAUUGGUUCUCAUGGGCAUCAACUUUUGCGUUAGAGUUGACCGCAACCGGUUUGAUCAUCCAGUUCUGGGAUAGUACUAUUCCGAUCUCUAUCUUCAUCGCCGUCUUCUGGGUCGUGAUUAUCAUUUUCAACUUGAUGCCCGUGGCCUUCUACGGUGAAAUUGAGUUUUGGUUCGCGAGUAUCAAGGUUAUUACCGUGAUUGGCUUCAUGAUCUUCUCGAUCUGUAUGAAUGCCGGCGCCGGUAAGGAAGGUUAUAUCGGUUUCCGGUACUGGGUCCACCCUGGCCCGUUCGUCCCUUACUUAAUUGAAGGGAACGAUUCGUUGGCCAAAUUUGUCGGAUUCUGGUCGACGCUUAUUCAGGCCGGAUUCUCCUACCAGGGAACCGAACUGGUUGGUAUUGCGGCCGGUGAGACCGAGAACCCUCGCAAGACCGUCCCGUCUGCAAUCCGCAAAACCUUUUUCCGUAUCGUAUUCUUCUUCAUCCUGACAAUAUUCUUCCUCGGAAUUGUCGUGCCCUCCAGCGACCCCGGUCUAUUGGCUAGUGAGGGAGAUGGUGCUGCUGCUCAGAACGCCAAUGCUUCGCCGUUCGUCAUUGCUGCCAACCGUGCCGGCGUCAUGGCUCUCCCCGGUAUCAUCAACGCCGUUCUUCUGACCGUGGUGCUUUCGGCAGCCAACUCCAAUGUCUACAGCGGAAGCCGUAUCCUGGUCGGCCUGGCCCAGGAAGGUUUCGCCCCUCAUUGGUUCAAGGUUACCAGCAAGCGUGGUGUCCCUUACUACAGUGUGCUCUUCACGGCGGCCUUUGGUCUACUUGGAUUCUUGAACGUCUCUGAUGCAGGCAGCACGGUGUUCACUUGGUUGCUCCAAAUCUCCGGGGUGGCUGGUUUCAUCACCUGGUCUUCGCUGAACGCCUGCCACCUUGCCUUCCAGCGGGCGCUGAAGGCUCGCAACAUCUCUCGGGAUAUCCUGCCCUACAAGGCCCUCUGGCAGCCCUGGUUCUCGUGGUAUGGUCUAUUUUUCAACUGUCUGAUCAUCCUCACUCAGGGAUUCACCUCCUUCAUCCCACACUUCCAAGUCAAGGAGUUCUUCAUCAGCUACCUGAGCUUGAUUUUGUUCGUGGUGCUAUAUGCGGGGCACAAGAUCGUCUACCGCCCCGCCUUUAUCAAACCCAUUGAGGCUGACCUGGAUACCGGCCGUACCACUGCUGAUAACGAGACAUGGGAGACUAUUGAGCCAACUACAUGGUAUGGCAAGGCAUGGAAGUGGAUUUGCGGCCGAGGUCCCCUGAUCGGCUCAUGUCUUUUUAUGUCCGAAAAGAAUAUGUUCUUCUCACCACCUCCCCAUCUGGCUAAGGCCGAGGAGCUCAAGCAAGCACCUCCAAAAGGUGUAGCUUACUCUGUCGCCAUUCCUGGCACUGAACAGCCCGGCCGAAGUCGGGUAUACCGAGCAUGGAAUGCGCAGAAGGAACUUUUGACGACAUUGGACCCCCAGGUUACCACGGCCCAUGAUAUUUUCGAGUCGACCGCCAACCGCCAGCCCAAGAACCACUGCCUUGGUUGGCGUCCGUAUAACUCCACGACCAAGUCCUUCGAUCCAUACCAGUGGCUCACUUACGAGACUGUGCAGAAGAGACGCGCUGCAUUCGGUGCUGGUCUAGUAGAGCUGCACCAUAAGCACGACUGCCAUCGCUCUGGCCAGUAUGGUGUUGGUCUCUGGUCCCAGAACCGGCCGGAAUGGCAAAUCACUGAUUUGGCUUGCAUUUCCCAAUCUCUUUACUCCGUCUCGAUCUACGACGUCCUGUCCCCAGACGCUACCGAAUAUAUUAUCAACCAUGCUGAGCUAAGCUGCGUUGUUACUUCCCUACCCCAUAUCCCAACUUUGCUCAAGCUCAAGCCUUCUCUCCCAAACCUGAAGAUCAUCAUCAGUUUGGACCCGUUAGAUGGUGGUGAGCAGGACGGUCACUCCAAGCGUGCCCUUAUCGAAUCCAUGGCCGCCGGUCAGGGCCUGGCGAUCUACACUAUGGAUCAGGUUGAGGAGCUGGGCUUGGCCUCGAAGCGCGGAUACAAUGCUCCUUCUGCUUCGGACAUUGUCACUAUCAACUACACGUCCGGAACGACCGGGCCCCCCAAGGGUGUUGUUUUGACGCAUGGCAAUGCCGUGGCCGCCACAUCCUGCGGUCUGAUCACUAUCGGCCAAGCCCGAGGUGAUACGGCGGCCUCUUAUCUGCCGCUGGCCCAUAUCUAUGCCCGUCUGGCGGAGCACACUGCCUUCUGGGGUGGUGCACGGAUUGGUUAUUUCCACGGAAACAUCGUGGAGUUGGUCGACGAUUUGAAGUUGCUGAAGCCCACUGGUUUCAUGUCUGUUCCUCGUCUUUACAGUCGAUUUGGUAGCGCAAUCCGUUCCGCGACAGUUGAGCAGCCUGGCUUCAAGGGCGCUCUUUCGCGACACAUCGUUGCGGCGAAAACCGCGAACAUGAAGAACCCCGAUCCCUCCAAGGCGACAGUCCGGCACGCUGUGUACGAUCGCCUGUGGGCUAAGAAGGUGACUGCCGCUCUUGGUCUGGAGCGAGCCAGAUACAUGGUGUCUGGCUCCGCGCCCUUGGACCCGACCCUACACAACUUCCUGCGUGUUGCCACCGGUACCGAUAUCCUUCAGGGUUACGGCUUGACUGAGUCCUACGCCUCAGCCACCGCCCAGCCGACCUACGACCUGACCUCCGGCAAUUGCGGCAGCCUCGCUCCCUGUGUCGAGGCAUGCUUGGCCUCCCUGCCAGACAUGGAGUACUCCGUGGACGACAAGCCGUUCCCCCGUGGUGAGCUUUUGCUGCGCGGCAACAACAUGUUCCGCGAGUACUACAAGAACGAGGAAGAGACCCGCAAUGCCGUAACCGAGGACGGUUGGUUCCGCACCGGCGAUGUCUGCACAAUCGAUGAAAAAGGCCGCUUCAUCAUCAUCGACCGCCGCAAGAACGUGCUCAAGCUCGCCCAGGGCGAGUACAUCUCUCCCGAGCGUCUGGAGGGUGUUGUCCUUGCCGAGCUCGGCUACAUCGCCCAGGCUUAUAUCCACGGCGACAGUAUGCAGACAUUCCUGGUUGGCAUCUUCGGUGUCGCGCCCGACCUCUUCGCUCCGUUCGCCAGCAAGGUUCUGGGCAAGACUAUUGCGCCGACCGACUUGGAAGCGGUCAAGGAAUCCCUGGGCGAUGACAAGCUCCGCCGUGCCGUGCUCCGUGACCUCGAGCGCGUGGCUAAGAAGCACAAGUUUGCUGGCUAUGAGAGAAUCCGCAACGUCUCUCUCAAGGUGGAGCCGUUCACCGUUGAGAACAACUUGCUGACCCCGACUCUCAAGCUCAAGCGUCCCCCCGCUGUCAAGCUAUACCGUUCCCUUCUGGAUCAGCUCUACGAGCAGGCCACCGAGGAGCAGUCUGCUCCCAGGGCUAAGCUGUAG